AUGUUGCCAAUGUGGUGUUUCGUGGCAUUGGGCUGUGUCUGCGUAUCGGCGCUGGCCGGUGCCCAGCACCCGCCGUUUGAAACUGUGAAGCAAUGGAACUUACUGAGCUACAAUUUUCCUUGGGAUUAUCCGGUGUCGAAUAAGAAUUUUUAUAACGCGGAAAACGUCGUUGCCACCGGAUUAGAGGUCGGUUACGAUCGCAUCUUUAUUGCUACCCCACGACUGUUCGCCGGUGUCCCGGCAACACUUUCCUCCAUCCCAAGAGGAACUUCCGGUGACUCGCCGACCCUUCAAGCCUAUCCUUCGUGGAGCCAUCAUCGAGCGGGCACGAACGAUUACAACUGUUCGGACAUCGGACUCGUGUCGGUGUAUCGCAUACGGAUCGAUUCGUGUAACAGGCUUUGGGCGUUAGAUGCCGGCGUGUCGCGUUCACUCGAAGACUUCGAAGUUACCUGUCCUCCGAAAAUACUGAUCUACGAUUUGCAAACGGACCAGGUGGUCAGAAGGAUUGACUUCCCGCCGGAAGUGAUACGGGGCGAAUCGCUGUACACCAACAUAAUCGUCGAUGAAACCACCUCGCGACCGGAAAAAAACUGUGACGACGUAUUUGUGUACAUUACUGAUACAGUUGCGCCCGGCAUCGUUGUGUACGACAGUGGUAAAGACCUCACCUGGCGCCUGUCUCACCCAGCAAUGUAUCCCGAUCCAGACUUUGCCGAGUCUAGGAUUCUGGAGCAUCGUUUCACGCUGAUGGAUGGUGUUGUUGGGUUGGCGUUUGAUCCCGAGGCAGCUACUUUGUACUUCCAGCCAUUGGCUACUGAUCGUUUGUUUUCGGUGAGCACCUCCGCGCUACGGGCGGGUCCUCUUCCAUUCGGCAAGGAUCUACCAGUGAAACUUGUGGGUCGCAAAUCCUCACAAGGCAUAGGGUUGGCGGCUGCUCCCAGUGGUGGAACCAUAUUCUACGCACCAUUGUCCGAAACCGCCGUAGGCUUGUGGAACCCGCGCACAAAUGAGCAUAGAAUUCUGGCGCAGGAUCAGGAAAAGAUUCAGUUUGCAGCCGAUCUACGCACACCAGAUCGCGACGCGACGGCACUGUACGUACUGACUUCCAGAUUCCACAGAUUCUUCCUCAAGAACCUCGACCCUCACGAGUUCAAUACACGGAUCCUGCGUAUUGACGGAGUGGUUAAACCAACCCCGACUCAUCAAUCAAUCUCAAACCAUCGUUUUUCGCCCGGCCUAAACUAUGAACCUGUCUCUAGCAUCCUUUACGAACCGUCCACAAUACCUUCGAAUUCCUACAAACCUUUACCAAGUGCUUACCAUACGACUAAACUGUUGCCAACUACUGGUGCCAAAACGUACGCAUCUUUCGUCCAGAACUUUUACGGCAAACAACCUUACACGUACGAGCCAUUGGCAGUAGUCGAUAAAAGUAAGCCCAUCAAUCCGUUCUUCGUGCUAAACAGUGGCGAAAGAACAUUCCCUCCACCGCACAUGCCAAGACCAGAGUUUGGUUUGAAUGGAGAAAUAUUCAUACCCAAAAUCAACACACAGUUUAGCGACUUCAAUGGGCUGCGGUACCCAAAAAGUGCACGCUUGAGCUACUCUACUUAA